UGGCAAACAUCCGGCGUGCGUUGCCCGGUGCUGAAACUCGAAGAAUACCAAGAGGCGCACCGCGCGGACAAUAAUAAAGGUUGAAAUCUCGUCAGUUUGUCCGUAAAAAAGGAGCAAGAGUCCAGGGAUACGGGGAGAGUGUUGGAAGAGACGCUGGCAAGCGGGAAUGGAGUGAAAAGUGCUCGUGAAAAAGAACCUCAAGUGAUAUUCGCUAAGGAUCUGAAAGCUCUCGGUUGUCGAGAGGUCCUGUAAGCCUGAUCGAAUGGUCCGGUAAGUCUUUCAGUGGGGAGUCGGGGUCCGACGAGAGUUUGAAAGUUCGUUAAUCUUGGCGCCUCGAUCUCGUGCCCCGUGCAAGACCGUUCGCACCUUCGGACUCGUUCGCUCAAUAAAUUCGCUGAAAUCCAAGCCAGAUGUACGUGCCGUGGACGAUCGCCAUUGAUCGUCAUCGCUCGUGCCACGGAAUAAACGAACCCACGAAAACGAUCUUCCGCGAUCGUUCGUGGAGCCAAAACGGGCAUCGCUAUCUGACCGAACGAGCGGGAAGAAUACGCAAGUGAAACGCUCUCACUGAUCCAUCGUCGAGGUGCGCUCAUCGAGCUCCGACGCUGACCAACGUCGGACAAUUCCCCGGCUACGGCGCAACCGAACCGUAUCCCAUGCGAUCCACCUACCAAUCACAAUCGGAGCUUGUCACACACAAAAUUAUAUAACCCGCCGCAAGAUCGGGAAAAGCCGACUGGGGUAUGACGAGACACUCUCUGGUUAUCCUGUGCUGCUAUCUCUACACGCUGUUCGAUAUGGCAGCUCUUCAUUUUCCUUUCAGCGAGAAAGUAUGCGAACCGGUACUUUCAACGGAGGUCGAAGGGUGGCAUAUUAAAGUCGAUAGCCUAUCGUCCCGUACAAUUCGACUUUCCGCAAGAAAGCGCGGGUACCGCUUUUUUCCCAAGAUCGAAAGGGAGGUCGAGCUCGAGGAAUACGGCAGAAAAGAGGUCUCCCUCUCGCUCAGAGACAUUCUACCGAUAAAUCCGAAAAACUACGACAAGCACAGAGCACCAAAGUUCCUGGGCCAACCUACCAUCGUUUACUUCCACGUCACGGUGCUCAGCAUCGACUCCAUUAACGAAGAAUCCAUGACGUACGUAGCCGACAUAUUUCUCGCUCAAAGCUGGCGCGACUCGAGGCUGAGACUGCCCGAAAACAUGUCCGAGGAAUACAGGAUACUGGACGUCGAUUGGCUCCACAACAUAUGGAGGCCGGACUGUUUCUUCAAGAACGCCAAGAAGGUCACUUUCCACGAGAUGUCCAUACCGAAUCACUAUUUAUGGCUCUAUCACGACAAAACCCUCCUCUACAUGUCCAAAUUGACGCUGGUUCUGUCCUGCGCUAUGAAGUUCGAAUCUUACCCACACGACACUCAGAUAUGCUCGAUGAUGAUCGAGAGUUUGUCUCACACGACUCAAGACCUCGUAUUUAUUUGGAACAUGACGGAUCCACUGGUGGUUAAUCCAGAAAUCGAGUUGCCUCAGCUCGACAUAUCGAACAACUACACAACGGACUGCACAAUCGAAUAUUCGACGGGUAACUUUACCUGCAUACAGAUCGUGUUCAAUCUGCGUCGACGGCUCGGUUACCAUUUGUUCCACACGUACAUACCCUCGGCCCUGAUCGUCGUCAUGUCGUGGAUAGCAUUUUGGAUAAAACCGGAAGCGAUACCUGCGCGGGUGACUCUGGGAGUGACCUCGCUCCUGACUCUCGCUACUCAAAACACCCAAUCCCAGCAGUCUUUGCCACCAGUUUCAUACGUCAAAGCCAUCGACGUAUGGAUGUCGUCUUGCAGCGUUUUCGUCUUUCUAUCCCUGAUGGAAUUCGCCGUGGUCAAUAAUUACAUGGGUCCUGUCGCAACGAAAGCGAUGAAGGGAUAUUCGGACGAGGAUCUGAGGGAAGCUAUUGAUGAAUUCAAGACUCCGAUGAGGUCAGACUCGGAAAGAAAUCGAAGUCCAGUGAGGCCACCGCCAACGGUUCAAUACGACACGUGCUGUCAGGGCAGAGCAACCGCCAUUUACAUCGACAAAUUUUCCAGAUUCUUCUUUCCAUUCUCCUUCUUCAUUCUCAACGUAGUUUACUGGAGCACCUUUCUAUAAUUCGAGUCCCUUCAGAAUCGUAAUCAUUCGCCCCCUCCCCCCUCUUUUAUGCUCAGGACUACAGAGAAUACGAAGAAUCCGCAUCGAUCCAAUGGAAUACUGAAUAAAUAAAAACACAUUAUAGAAAUAAUGAAUCACAUUACCUUUUAUAUAGAAUUGUAUCGCUAGGGGAGGAGGGCCGUUGCAGCGUAUUUGUCGAGUGUUAUAUUCUGGUUGUUGAAAAUGUAUUAAUGAAUAAAUGAUCGGGUCGACGAAA